AUGGUGCUCGGUUUAGGAAAGAAAAAGAGCAAAGUGCUCCAGACAGCAUCUACCACAGAAUCCAAUAUUACUGCACCCGGCAGCAACCCUCAUCCUCAGAAGCGAGGCUCAUCACGGCUCGCUCAUGGCCGAGGUCAAGUGGAGGAUAAUCUUGCUGUUCCGACACGAUACAAGUACGGUAACGAGAUUUCCAAGGCGGCUGUUGAUGUUGCAGGUCUUCCUGUCAACGUAUUUGGGCUUGAUGAGCUCACACCUGCUCCAUCUCGCGCAAGUGCACCUCCCGCGCCACCGGUUUGCGUGGUAAUCCAUAUGCAUGGUCGAGGCGGCUCGGCUGACAACGAGGAAAGGAUUGCUCGUCAGCUCUACGACCGCAUUUCACGUGACAAGGCAGCCUACCGAGCCCAACAGAAUGGCGGCCUCAUUGCUACCACAUCCAUGCAGCGCGAUCAUUUGCUCGUUACCUUUGAUGCUCGCAAUCAUGGACACCGCACCACCAACCCAGAAGGGCAGAAAGCAUGGAAGCAAGGAAAUACACGGCACGCAAUGGAUCUGUAUGGUAUGAUCGUCGGCGACGCACGCGAUGCAUCUUUUCUUGUCGAUUUCUUGCCUUGCUAUCUUUUCCCACAAGAUGACAGAACGGUGGCCGAGUGGGUGAUCACUGGCAAAUCUCUAGGAGGGCACUCUACCUGGCACGCGCUCGCUGAGGAUCCCCGCUUCAAGAUCGGCGUACCUAUGAUCGGCAUGCCCGAUUUCUCUCGGCUGCUCGCUUCCCGGACAAGAACUUCAUUCGUGACCAACGGGCCGCCAUACGUACCAGCGAGUCUCAAGGCGCUGGCCAACCAGAUUGAUCCGGCACGCACCGCGUAUGAUAGCUUUGAUUCACGACGAAACCCCUUUUGGGGCAAGAAGAUCUGUGUGCUCAGCGGAGCCGAGGACAAGUUGGUGCUCUGGGACUGGAAUCAUGACUUUCUCAAGGCGCUUGUCGUGGGUGAGCCUACGGGUCCCAAGGGCGAGAUGCCAGGUUUGAAAAUUCACAGGAGACCAGGCGUGGGCCAUGAAGUGACUGAAGAGAUGGUGGAGGAGGCAGGCGAGUGGAUAUGGAGAUGGGGCAUCGUGGUGCCAGAGUAG